AUGGAUAUUUCGCGCCUGCAACACUCGUUGCAACGUCCUCCCAUUGCCCAUGGAAGGGACGUGGGUGCAGCGUCGUCCUUGGCCCUCAAACCGCAUCUCGACUCUCCCACCGGCUUGCCCUCUCCGAAUUCACUAGGCCACGGCCAGACUCUGACCUAUCCUCGCCAUCCUCGCCAUCCUGCUCCUCAUGGUCAUCACCACAAUCAUGGCCAACCUCACGCCCAUGCUCAUGCGCAUGCUCACGCUCAUGCUCACGCUCACGCUCACGUUCAUGCCCACAGCCAGAGCCACAGUCACAGUCAUAGCAACAGCCAUGGUCAUGAUGAGAGUGUCGACUAUCGGGAAUUGAGCGACGAGAGAUCCCCCGUCAAUGGCGAAGAGCCUCCAAAGAAGAAACAGAAACGCAACAAGCCGACCUUGUCAUGCCAUGAGGAAACAUCGAGAUCGGCUGCCAAUGGACGCCGUAUGACAAGGCCGCCAAAGAAGAAGAAUACUCCCGAUGGGCCUGCUAUGAUUCCCAAUAUUGCCGACAGAGGCGCGAUCAACGACCACCAAGGUUCGUCUCGUGGCGCGGCGGCUCUCUCCAUAGGCUUGCUAUCCCAUGUUCCUUAUUCCGUUACCAAGGCCAGCAAUGUCUUUGGCAUCGGGUCUGAGCAUCCAUUUGCCAACUACUGGACGUGCGAAGGAGGACUACCAGAAGUUGUCUCUGUUCUACCUGACAAAGUUCAAGCCGAUACUCUUGUUGCUCGGUACUUCGAAUGCGUGGAUCCUGUGUACCCCAUGAUUCACCGUCAAACUUUUUAUGCCGACUACGAGCACUUCUGGCGCAUGAGUACCGACGAGCGAAAUAAAAUGGAUCCAUCUUUCAUUGCCUUGAUCUUUGUUAUUCUGGCGCUCGGUACGCAAUUCGUCUCGUCUACGACACCGAAAGAUCGCAAACAGACUGCCGAGUUUUACGCAUCCGCCUCGAACCAAGCUCUCCGCAUGUUUUCGUACCUGAGCUCUGCAUCAAUACGGUCUAUACAGGCCAUGGUGCUUAUAACUUACUUUCUCAUCAAUGAUAAUCACGCGUCUGAUGGCUGGGCCUUUGCUGGCAUCUUGAUUAGACAAGCAUACGCCAUGGGUUUGCAUCGUGAUCCAAAUAUCGGCCGUUCUUUUGCAGGACACAUUCUUGACUGUCCUCUUAUCCUUGCCGCCUUCAGCCACCCACACAGAUGUUUCUGUCGACGAUUUGCUGGACGACAGUUCAUCUAUUGCGAGCAGCGAUCCGACGGACACGGCCUAUAUCAGGGGAUCGUGGAUGCUGGCCAAUCUGGUCCAGGAGACCAUUUGUUCCCCCCGGUCAUUGGAUGUCCCUAUCUGUACGACAGUGCGGCAUAA